AGAAGAAGAAGAAAAACGUCUAAAGGAAAAUGGCUGCCGGUCAGUGUGUGGAUGGUUUCUUUUGGCUCCAACUGUAGUUUUUGAGGUGUUCGGGCAUGUGCUGUUGCGUUUAACGGGGGAGCACGAUGUUUAAAAAGGCGAAACGAGCGAAUUUCCGUCGGAGAAAUGAGUCGGACGAGGACGAGCAGGAGGAGGGCCAGCAGCCCCCGCUGGCGCCCACAUCGUUCGGGCCUUUUGUGGAGGAAAUCCCGUUCAUGGAGACUUCCAGCAGCAGCAGCAGCUUCACCGCAGCCCCCAGCAGCGCAGACAGCUUCCACAGCAACGGCUUCCUGUCAAACCUCAACAGCGUGAGAGCUGUCAAGAGGGAGAAGAAAGUGAAAGAUGUCGUCGCUGUGGUGCCAGGACCCACCAAAGCCAGUUUGCUGAGUUUCCACGAUGACGAAGAUGGAUCCGAGGUGUUCAGAGUGAAGAAAUCCUACCACAGCAAGAAGAUCGCGAAACAGCUGAAGAAAGAAUACAAGGAGGAUUUGGAGAGGUCUGGAUGUGUCAAGCAGGAAAUCAAAUCAGAUGCAACACUUCAGCUUCCUGUUGCCAUCAAAGAAGAGGUUACUAGUGCUGCAGGUAGUGAGCAUGGGGAAGAAGAGAUGGAGGUGGACAGUACAGAGGAGCAGGAGGAAGAGGCAAAGAGUCAAGGCAGCCAGGCACAUAGUCAAGUGGCCAAGAGCAACAACACCGGAUCAUCUUUCAACACACUUUCCUCCCUCGGCAGCCUAAGACCAGGUGAGAUCCCUGACGCAGCAUUCAUCCAUGCUGCCAGAAAGCGGCGGCAAAUGGCUAGAGAACUGGGGGGUGAAGCUCCACUGGUAGACACAGAGACCCCCAAGAAGCGUCUGGUACGAGAAGACCAAGACGCCAGUGACGAUGAAGACGAAGAGGAGAAGAGGAUCCGCUUUAGCGGAGUCAAGAACAAAAGCCAGAGACAAAAGAUUGCGGAGGAGAUAGGUAUCGAGGGCAGUGAUGAUGAGGCGUUAGAUACAGGUCAGGAUGAGGAGGUGAGCCGCUGGGAGCAGGAGCAGAUUAGAAAAGGAAUCAGUAUACCCCAGGUCCAGGUCCAGAGCAGCCAGCCAGAGGACAACACAGUCUACUACCAGAACAGCUAUGAGAGCCAGCCCUAUGGCUCCUCCUACAGCAUCCCUUUCACCUACAGCACUGUAGCCCCACAGACUGGCAAGCCAACUGGUCGAGCAGACAACGGCUCUGUUCACUACGGGGCUCCUAUUAGUGAUCUAACCCCAGUAACCAUUGAUCUGGUAAAGAAGCGCCUGCAGGAUAGACUCUGCCAAAUGCAUGCAGGCCACAAUGCAAACUCCAAGCGCUACAAACAGAUCGAAGAAGACCUAGCUGCCUCUGAGAGCACCAUACAGCAGCUGGAGGGCUCGUCCAGUGAUAAUGCAGAGCAAUAUAAAUUCUUGCAAGAGAUGCGAGGGUAUGUUGGAGACUUGCUUGAGUGUUUCAAUGAAAAGGUGCCUGCUGUCCUGGAGCUGGAGGCUGCCAUGCACCAGUUACUAAGGCAACGGGCCUCACGACUUGUCCAGAGAAGACAGGAUGAUAUUAAAGAUGAAUCGUCGGAGUUUGCAAGCCUUUCAAAUAAAGCUGUCAUGGCUCCUAAUUUAGACUCAUUUGGUCGUGACCGCGCAGCAUACCAAGAGCACAGUCGUCAGAGGAGGAUAGCAGAAAGAGAAGCUCGACGAACUCGACGGCGACAAGCUCGAGAGCAGAAUGGAAAGAGGGCCGAACACAAUGAAGGCUUAUCGUCUGAUGAUGAGGAAACGUCUACCGACAUCACCAGCUUCACCAUGGAGAAAGAUCGUAUCAGCAGGGAAUGUAAGAAAGUAUUUGAGGACGUGGUGGACGAUUUUCAUUCUCUUGACUGCAUCAAGUCCCAUUUUGAAGUGUGGAGGAGAGAAUACGCAGACUGCUACAGGGAUGCUUACAUUGGCCUCUGUCUGCCCAAACUCUUCAACCCGUUAGUCCGCCUGCAGCUGAUUACAUGGAGCCCACUCGAGGCACAGUGUGCAAACUUCGAGUACAUGCUCUGGUUUGAGUCGCUAUUGUUUUACGGCUUUGAGGAGAACGGCACGUUGCAGAAAGGAGAUGGAGACGCCAGUUUGCUGCCUGCUAUCGUAGAGAAGGUCAUCCUCUCCAAACUGACAGUGUUGACGGAGCAAGUGUGGGACCCGCUAUCCAGCAGUCAAACAGCCAAGCUGGUGGGCUUCAUUCACAGACUCAUGAAAGGUUACCCCACUGUGCUGCAUGGGGACAAUCGCUACACUGAGGAACUUUUGAAAUCUAUUGUCUUGAGGACCAGACGGACUCUGGAUGAAGACGUUUUCCUUCCACUCUAUCCCAAAAGUGUGUUGGAGAACAAGAACUCUGGUCCCUACUUAUUCUACCACAGGCAGUUUUGGUCCUGUGUGAAGCUGCUGGGCAACAUCCUGCAGUGGGAAGGCAUCUUAUCCAUUUCCUGCCUGAAGGACCUGGCGUUGGAUAGCACAGUCAACAGAUACAUCCUCUCUGCACUGCAGACCACAGAAACAGUGGAAGACAAUGUUGAGAAGUGCCAGAAGGUGGUGGAGUGUUUGCCCGUGCAUUGGUUCUCUGGGCUGAAGGGCCAGCAGACGUUGCCUCAAUUGGAGCCAUUCUGUCGGUACCUCACCCACCUGGCAAGCACACUGCACCGCGGCACUGUUGGCUUGUCUGAUGUGGAGCGGCGCACUGCCAAGGAUCAAGUCAGAGAGGUUGUGAAGAUGUUGGCCCGCAUGAACGCCCUGGACCACAUCGUCGCUGUGGCAGCAGAGCACGGCAUUAAAGACAUCAAACCAUUUCUGGAGGCCAUGUCAUAGAAGACGUCUGAACAGCAACCGCUCAUUUAUCUCCUGGUAUUUUCAGCCCAUCUUAAGCCAUGAGAUCGGAACAACGUGUGAGAGACUUGACUGAAAAUACUUGUAAAUAUUGUGAAUAAUGUACAGAAAGGUGUCCGGGCACACCUAUCAGCACAUGACUGAUGCUGAAAUCAGGCCUUUUGUUGUCAGCUCGAAACAGCAGCAAUGUUUUAAAUGCAUAAUUUAUUAGUAGUAAACAUUUGUUGAUAUGGAUUACUGUUCAGAAAAAUCACUUCUCACUAUAUUCAGCCUCCUUCCCUCACAUACUUUUCCGUAUGUGCCAAAAGAAUGUUUGUAGGUGGUAGAACCUACCAGAGAGACAACUUGUCUCUAGAGCAGCUCUCCCCUGCACCCAACAGACUGUCCUCAUGACCCUGCCAGAGCUGAAAGCUUUGUGAUUACAUUUGUAAGACUUUAUGUUUUAGUAUUCUGUUUGCCUGUGAAUAAAAUAUUCAUUUGAAAGAUU